AAUUGGUAUCGCCAUUGUUGCAUUCAAUAUGAGUAGUUUCGAUCUGGUCACCCUGUAGAUAUAGUUCGUCCCAUAAGUAGAAUCCUUUAAGAUACCAUCAGUCUUGGUUUCCUUCUAUUGCCUAGUUUCAAUGCUGAGGCUUCAUGCACGACGAUGAUGGAAUAGUGAAGCCGCAUGUAAUUGAACCCGCUUUGUAUUACAGGUCAGAUUGAGUGCUAUGUUGAAGAAUACUGCCAGGUUGUUUUUGAAGAAAACAGAAUCUUUCAUUUGUUCAAGAUCGAUUGCAACUGUGUCGAUGGCACGAAAGAUCUCAAAGUUUAAUGUUGAAGGUGUCUACUUCCACAUGACUGCGAAGCUCUGCGAGCUGCCCAUCAAGCACUCUUCCCCAUCGACUAUGAGGACGCCUUCUACCAAGCUGCAGUCAGGGCAGAGCAAGGCAUCAUUUCGGUAGCUGCAGUGUACAGGAAUGGAUCUGAGGAGGAGCUAGCUGGGUUCCUGACAGCUCGAGUUUGCUGGUUGCGAGAGUGCAACACUACAGACAGAGUCCUGCUUGGCCUGAACAGCUCCCUAGUAGAUGGCUACAAUGCCCUCUACAUCUUGACUGUUGGGGUGCUAGAGCCACUCAGGCAUCGUGGCAUAGGAUCCAAGCUCUUGGCGGCAGUUUUGGAACAGGCGAAGGAGCGGUGUUGCCUCACUGUCUUCCUGCAUGUCAUAGACUACAAUACAGCCGCCAUCACUUUCUACCGGCGGAACUGCUUCC